AUCCCUAGUUCCACCACCAGGCUCUCAGCACCAAAAUUCCGGCGGCUGCGGCGAUGGCGGCGGCUGUGGCGAGGUCAGGGUUCCGGCGCAUGUUCUCUGUCUCCGCCUUCGCACCGCCGAAGGCGCCCGCCCCGCGCCCCCAGGCCGACCCCUCCCCCAACCUCUUCGUCUCCGGAUUAAGCAAGCGUACCACAACUGAAGGACUUAGAGACGCCUUUGCGAAGUUCGGUGAAGUUGUGCAUGCUCGAGUUGUGACCGACCGUGUCAGUGGGUUUUCGAAGGGAUUUGGCUUUGUAAGGUAUGCUACAACUGAAGAGGCAACUAAAGGAAUAGAAGGAAUGGAUGGAAAGUUCCUUGAUGGAUGGGUUAUUUUCGCGGAAUAUGCUAGACCCAGAGCACCGCCGGAGCAAGCAGAGAUGAAUUCGCCGCCACAGCAAUCAUGGGGUGCUUCACCAGGAUCUUGGGGUUCACAGUAGAUGAAGUAAUAUCAUGAGAGCCCCUAUCCAGCCUGGGGCUCAGGGCUCACAGCAGGUUGAGAGGCUGACAAUUCAGCAUCUAAUUCAUAGAUAUAUUGUGAGUGGUGUCCCAGGUGUGAAUGCCCUUACCGUUCCAAUAUUCCUACCGUGUUUGGGUGGUCGUUUGCUCGCGUCCAUGUGUUCCACAUGAAGUGGUAGUUGUAGUAGUAGAUCUGGAUACGGACCAAAACAAAUAGCAUUACUGUCAAUCUGCAACAGUCGAGAAAACAGUCGAAAACCUUUGCGAAUAACGCCAGUUGUUGUGCUUGUGGAGAUGUCGUUGUGGUUGAAUUGUCAUCGCUCUUCUCAGCUUGCGGCAUGUGCAUAUGCCGUGUCUAUGCUGGAUAA